GGCGGGGCUGCGCUAGGACGGGGCGGCAUUUCCUAUCGCCUCCCCGGAUGAGGGUAGGAGGGAGGCCGAAGGCAGGGACUGGGCGCGGCACUGCUCGGGCGCUGGGAUGUGUUCCAAAAAGAAUAGAAGACAGUAAAGACUAUGUCUGUUUUCCCCAAAAUCUCAUUGAGGGCAAAGGUUGAAGAGUACCUGAGGGCUACAUUUAAAAAUGAUGAGCUCCUAACUGCUUUGGGUGCAGUGGAAGCCGAGAGGAAAUAUGAAUCUCUGUUAAAUAAUUUAUCCCAUCCACCAGCUUUCACAACUGUUCGAGUGAACACCCACCUGGCAUCUGUGGAAGAUGUAAGAGGUCUUCUUUCUGAAGAGAUCCACAAGCAGUACACAAGUCUUACUGUUCCGGUUCUUCGGCAUCCAAAACUUCCUGACAUCUUACUUAUUCCUGUUAUUGGGCCCAGCAGGAAGGAUGUACAAAAGUUGACAAAUGAAGUUAUUGUUGGUGCACAGUGUGGGAAUGCGGUGCUUCGAGGAGCACAUGUCUAUGCUCCAGGAAUCAUAUCUGCUUCAAAAUUCAUGAAAGCGGGAGAUACUGUUUCAGUAUACUCUGAUAUUGAAGGGAAGUGUAAAAGAGGGGCCAAAGAAUUUAUCGGAACCAAAGUUUUCAUCGGAAAUGGGAUUUCUGAACUGAGCCGAAAUGAAAUCUUUAAUUCUAGUGGCCCACUGAAAGGGAUGGGAAUAAAAAUGACAGAACCAAUUUACCUUAGUCCUUCAUUUGACAAAAUGUUGUCGAGUUAUCUGUUUUUACAGAAUUUGCCCUCUUCAGUUGUGAGUCAUGUUUUAAAUCCUCAGCCAGGACAGAGAAUUUUGGACAUGUGUGCUGCUCCUGGGGGGAAAACAACCCAUCUUGCAACAUUAAUGUGUGAUGAGGGAGAAGUAAUUGCCCUGGACAAGAUUGCAGAAAAAGUGAAAAAGAUAAAGCAAAAUGCUGCGUUACUGAAGUUGAAUUGCAUUAAAGCAUUUUGUCAUGAUGGUACUAAGGCACUUGCCAUUGGCAAAGGAGAGGAUAGGCAAGAAGGACCUCCAUUUUUACCAGAAUCAUUUGACAGAAUACUUCUCGAUGCUCCCUGUAGUGGCAUGGGGCAGAGACCAAAUAUGGUGUAUUCCUGGUCUUUAAAGGAAGUGACUUCUUACCAGCCCUUGCAGCGCAAGCUCUUUAGAGUGGCAGUGCAGCUGCUGAAGCCAGGGGGCAUCCUGGUAUACAGUACCUGCACGAUUACGCUUUCUGAAAAUGAGGAGCAAGUUGCCUGGGCACUGGAGACCUUCCCAUGCCUUCAGCUUCAGUCACAGGAGCCCCAUAUUGGAGGAGAAGGCAUGAUGGGAGCUGGGCUGUCACCUGAGCAGUUGAAAAGGCUGCAGAGGUUUGAUCCAUCUGAAGCAAUUUUGCAGGGAAUGGAUUUUAAUUCACUGCAAGAAUUCAGAUACGAAGAUUUGAUAAGCAUGGCAAAUAAGGACUGCAUAGGAUUUUUUAUUGCAAAAUUUAUAAAAGUACCGUGAAAAUCAUGGCUUUCGAAGUCAACAUAAAAAGCACCCUUUCUGUUAACAUUUGGAGCAUUCUGAACUGUACCUUCAUGCUGCUGCAAUGUUGCCAAGCCAACGGACUGACGACACAGUUGCCAUAGCAGCAGCAAAAUCUGCCAGCUGUUUCCUUUGGGAGAGAUCCACAGGUUGGAGAAACAAGUCUGAGGGAAGGGGCAGCUUCAAUCUGCAAAGCUCCAUUUGGUUUUAUAUUAGCAGUAGGUCACUGAUUCUAGAAACAUGCUUGUUUUUCAGUUUGUCU